UUUUGUUUUUUAUUUGUAUUAUUAUUUACUACCAUUUUUUAUUAUUAUUCUUUAUUAUUUUAUUUCAAUGUAUAUUGUAUACAUUGUUGCUUUGGCAAUAUUGACGCAAUGUUUUUCAUGCCAAUAAAACAGCUUGAAUUUGAAAGUUGAGAGAGAGAGGGUCAGAUGAUGUAAUUAGAGAAACACAAUGGCCUUCUUAAUCACUUUGAUAACUGUCAUCUCUCUCCCCUCUCUCUCUCCAUCUCCCCCUCCCUCUCACUCUCCCUCUCCCUCUCCCUCUCCCUCUCCCUCUCUCCCUCUCCCUCUCCCUCUCCCUCUCCCUCUCCCUCUCCCUCUCCCUCUCUCUCCCUCUCCCUCUCCCUCUCCCCUCUCCCUCUCCCUCUCCCUCUCCCUCUCCCUCUCCCUCUCUCCCUCUCCCUCUCCCUCUCCCUCUACCCUCUCCCUACUCCCUCUCCCCUCUCCCUCCUCCCUCUCCCUCUCUCUCUCUCUCUCUCUCUCUCUCUCUCUCCCUCUCCCUCUCGCUCGCUAGACGAUCAAGUUUGGUCAUCACUACCAAGCUGUACUGGGGAGGAAAGUAAGUUCCUGUUGAAAAAGUCUAACUUGUGUCUCAUAAUGCAGAGCUCAGCUGACUAGGAGGAAAAUACAUUGUCUGAUAACUCACACACACACACACACACACACACACACACACACACACACACACACACACACACUGCAGAGGUUUUAGAUAGCCUCUCAGCUCCAUGGUGCAUGGUGGCAGGCAGUCACAGCUGGGAGUAGUGAUAAGGAUGAUAAGGAUGAUAAGGAUGAUAAGGAUGAUAAGGAUGAAGGUGUAGAUUAUUUCUUCCCUCGUUCAUCCUUCAUGAAUAUUCAUCACUCCAUCCUUCUGCAGGAGAAGGAGAGGAUUGUAGUUGAAGACUCUAAACACACACUCACACCCACUUACUGUACAUGAAACACACACACACACACCACACACACACACACACACACACACUCACCCACACACACACACUCACCCACAAACACCCACACACAGAAGCGUGCAAACACUGACAAGGACACAGCAGUUGGGCCAUGUAGGUUGACUACCAGCAGUGAGUUGAAAAACAUAGUUUAAUGUGUAGUUUUUCUCUCCUGUCUGUGUGUCUGUGCCCACAGAGCAGAGACUGAGAGAGGCCUUUCAAGGAAACACAUUAUUGAAGGUAAGACCACACAGGCACGCGCACACACACACACAUUUUUUUUUACACACAUUACCCCAUCUGACCCUAUCUCACCCCAUCUCACCCCAUCUCACCCUAUCUCACCCUAUCUCACCAUGUCUCACCCUAUCUCACUGUAUCUCACCCUAUCUCACCCAGUCUCUCCCCUGUGAACUGUAUUGAUUGAUAUCUCCCCUCCUCCUCUCCUCAACACUCCUCCUCUCCUCUUCUCUCCUCUCCCCUCCUCCCAUCCCCCUCUCCUCUCCCCACCUCUCCUCUCCAUUCCCCUCCUCCUCUCCUCUCCUCAACCCUCCUCCUCUCACCUCCUCUCUCUCCCCUCCUCUCUCUGUCCAGGUCUGAAGGGCUCCCUCCAGAGGUUGCAGCUGGAAUACGUAGAUGUGGUCUUCGCAAACCGCCCCGACACCAACACACCCAUGGAGGGUGAGUCAGUCUAUCAGCAUUCAUCAUUGGGGACCAAGCUGCCAGUCUAAGUCAGGAGGGCAAUUGGUUGAUUAGUCUCAUUGCCUGAAAUACUACAAUCGGAUUGGUAGGAAGCAGUGGAUUUGCUCUACCAGGCUAACAAACAGAGAAUAAUCAAGAUUUCAUUUUAGCCUGAGGUUUAUCUAUCUAUCUAUCUAUCUAUCUAUCUAUCUAUCUAUCUAUCUAUCUAUCUAUCUAUCUAUCAAAGAAAGUCUCUUAAAGGCUCUGCAUGGUCAAUCUGACGUCUGUUCCCCCUUAAAGGCUCUGCAUGGUCAUCUGACGUUGUUCCCCUUAAAGGCUCUGCAUGGUCAAUCUGACGUCUGUUCCCCCUUAAAGGCUCUGCAUGGUCAAUCUGACGUCUGUUCCCACUUAAAGGCUCUGCAUGGUCAAUCUGACGUCUGUUCCCCCUUAAAGGCUCUGCAUGGUCAAUCUGACGUCUGUUCCCCCUUAAAGGCUCUGCAUGGUCAAACUCUGACGUUCUGUUUCCCCCUUAAAGGCAUCUGGGACUGUCUGUUCCCCCCAUUCAAAAGGCUCUGCAUGGUCAAUCUGACGUCUUGUUCCCCCUUAAAAGGCUCCUCUGCAUGGUCAAUACCGGUUUCUGCAUUGGCCGUGCAGCAUUUACGGUGAUACAGCCUCUGCAGAAGCACUUUGAAGAGCAGCCCAGAUACACAGGACCUCCCGCCCUCACCUACCGUCAACCAAUCAUGUCAAUUUGGCCUCUGCUUGCCUCUAGAGGCUCUCUCCGUACAGAGCCUCUGACUACAUUUUCAGAUCAAGCAUCAAAGUGUCUUUCACUCCGUUCCAGACAGCACAGCCCCGAUAGAUUAGAGCGGAGAGGGAACAAGAGAGGAGAGACAGCAGAGAGAGAGAUAAGAGAGAGGAGAGAAGAGAAGAUCGAGAGAGCUAGCGAGGAUAUAUCUAUAGAUAGAGAGCGAGAUAGAGUAGAGAGCAUAGAGAAUGAGAGAGAGACAUCGAGAUAUAUGAUAGCGAUACAAUCUCGAGCGAGCCAUCUAUAUCACAUACAAAGCUGCUAUAUAUAGCUGAGAGAGCUAGAUAGAUCGAGAGAGAUAUAGAGUGAUAUUUACUACAGAGAGAGCGAGAGGAGAGAGUAGUACUAAUAUGACAUUUGAAAUUUCUUUAUUCUUUUGGAACCCUUUUGUAAAUGCUUACUGUUAAUUUUUUAUUGUUUUAUUCACUUUUGUUUAUCAUUAUUUUCACUGCUUUGGCAAUGAAAGCCUUGUUUCCCAUGCCAAUAAAGCCCCCUUAAAUGAAAUUGGAAAUUGACAUUGAGUGUGAGAGAGAGAGAGAGAAGAGAGCUAGAGAGCGCGCGAGAUCGACUAUCUAGACGAAGUCAUUGUGAAUUUCCCCCUUUCGGCAUGUAUCAGAUGUUGUCUUAAGAAUAGAGCCAUUGCAACACAGACAAGUGCCAAAUAAUGGAUGAUUAACAUUCCCAGUGUGUGUCUGUGGUUUGAGGAGUUUGUGUUUUAUAAGUGUGUGUGUGUGGGAGGGUCUUUGUGCACCUCCAGCAAUUAGUUUUUUUCAAAACCAAAGCGUAUAAGACUGGAUGAGUGGCCUUGGUCAAAUGUGUAUUGUACAUCCAGUUCUGUGUGUUGAACAACUUCACACCAUCAUUCAUAUCUGAGAGAGCUUCAGUAGAGAUGUCACAGAUCACUACAUGGUUGAUGAAGUGAGUCAGAGUCUCACACACACACACACACACACACACACACACACACACACACACACACACACACACACACACACACACACACACACACACACAGACACACACACCCACCCCCACACACACACACACACACACACCUAGAUCUUCUGCACAGAUUCUGUCAACCUGGGCCCUGACAGUAAAUCUCAGUAAGACAAAAAUAAUGGUGUUCCAAAAAAGGUCCAGUUGCCAGGACCACAAAUACAAAUUCCAUCUAGACACCAUUUUUACAUUUAGCCAACACUCUUAUCCAGAGCGACUUACAGUUAGUGAGUGCAUUCAUGAUGAUUUUUUUUAAUUUUAUUGUAUUAUUUUUUCAUACUGGCCCCCCGUGGGAAUCAAACCCACAACCCACAUGCUCUACAUCCCUGCCGGCCAUUCCCUCCCCUACCCUGGACAAUACUGUGCCAAUUGCGCGCCGCCCCAUGGGUCUCCCGGUCGCGGCCGGCUACGACAGGAAUACAUAGAUUCGAACCAGGAUCUCUAGUGGCACAGCUAGCACUGCGAUGCAGUGCCUUAGACCACUGCGCCACUCGGGAGACGGGAGACACCGUUGCCCUAGAGCACUAUAACUACCUCGGACUAAACAUCAGCGCCACAGGUAACUUCCACAAAGCUGAGAACGAUCUGAGAGACAAGGCAAGAAGGGCCUUCCAUGCCAUCAAAAGGAACAUAAAAUUCGACAUACCAAUUAGGAUCUGGCAAAAAAUACUUGAAUCAGUUAUAGAACCCAUUGCCCUUUAUGGUUGUGAGGUCUGAGGUCCGCUCACCAACCAAGAUUUCACAAAAUGGGACAAACACCAAAUUGAGACUCUGCAUGCAGAAUUCUGCAAAGAUAUCCUCUGUGUACAACGAAAAACACCAAAUAAUGCAUCAAAAUCCAGAAAAGAGCUGUUAAAUUCUAUAACCACGUAAAAGGAAGCGAUUCCCAAACCUUCCAUAACAAAGCCAUCACCUACAGAGAUAUUAACUUGGAGAAGAGUCCCCUAAGUAAGCUGGUCCUGGGGCUCUGUUCACAAACACAAACAGACCCCACAGAACCCCAGGACAACAACACAAUUAGACCCAACCAAAUCAUGAGAAAACAAAAAGAUAAUUACUUGACACCUUGGAAAGGAUUAACAAAAAAACAGAGCAAACUAGAAUGCUAUUUGGCUCUAAACAGAGAGUGAGGCAGAAAACCUGACCAGUGUAACUGACCUAAAAUUAAGGAAAGCUUUGACUAUGUACAGACUCAGUGAGCAUAGCCUUGCUAUUGAGAAAGGCCGCCGUAGGCAGACCUGGCUCUCAAGAGAAGACAGGCUAUGUGCACACUGCCCACAAAAUGAGGUGGAAACUGAGCUGCACUUCCUAACCUCCUGUCAAAUGUAUGACUACAUUAGUAGACACAUAUUUCCCUCAGAUUACACAGAUCCACAAAGAAUUUGAAAACAAACCCAAUUUUAAUAAACUCCCUUAUCUACUGGGUGAAAAACCACAGUGUGCCAUCACAGCAGCAAGAUAUGUGACCUGUUGCCACAAGAAAAGGGCAACCAGUGAAGAACAAACACCAUUGUAAAUACAACCCAUAUUUAUGUUUAUUUAUUUUCCCAUUUGUACUUUAACUAUUUGCACAUCAUUACAAUAUACAUAAUUUGACCUAUUGAAAUGUCUUUAUUAUUUGGGAAACUUCUGCGUGUAAUGUUUUACGUUAAUAAUUUAUUGUUUAUUUUCACUUUUGUUUACUUCUACUUCACUUGCUUUUGGCAUCGUUAAACUUACGUUUCCCAUGCCAAUAAAGCCCUUAAAUUUGACAUUGAGAGGGGAGAGAGAGGAGGAGAGGGAGAUAGAGAGAGAGACAGAGACACAGAGAGAGAGAGGGCAACAGAGAGAGAGAGAGAGAGGAGGAGGAGAGAUUGAGAGAGAGAGGGAACGAGAGAGAGAAGAGAGAGAGCAAGAGGAAGAGAGGAGGAGAGAGAGAGAGAGAGAGAGAGAGAGGAGAGGAGAGGAGAUAGGAGAGAGAGAGAGGAGAGAGAGAGAGAAACAGCGAUAGAGAGAGACACAAGCACAAACACCAAAGUAAAUUAAACCCAUAUUUAUCUGUUUACUUAUUUUCCCUGGUCAUUUGUACUUGUACUUUUAGCACAUUGUAACAACAAGGUACCUAGUUCAUAACAACACGGUACAUAUUUAAUAACAACACAUAACAUAGUUAAUAAUAUAACAUUUCAAACGUCUUUCUCUUGUGUUUAAUGUUAAAUGUUGAUUUGCGAUUGCUUAUUUCACUUGCUUUGGCAAUGUAAACAUUUUGUCCCAUGCCAAUAAAGCCCCUUUGAAUUUAAUUGAGAGACAGAGAGAGAGAGAGAGAGAGAGAGAGAGAGAGGCACAAUGGUAUUUACUGAGCUCUAUGUGAGUUGCGUGAACCUGCGGAUGUUUGUUAAUUACUGGUGUGUGUGUGUGUUCUUGUACCGCGUUUUAAAGAAAAGCGAGAGGCAGAAAUGGAAUACAACGGGGAGUUGGAUCCCUGCCCCUCUUCUGACCCAUUGCCGUUUUCUUUAGUUAGAUCACAUUUGAUUUAUUGUACUUUUCCUGUUUACUUAAUCUCUUCCUCAGUCUGUCUUUCCUUCUCUCUGUCUCUCUUCAUUACAUCAUCUCUUUUAGUGUUUUUUAUCUUGGUGAGCAUCAGUUGUCUGUGUCUCUGAGCCCACAGUGACAAUAGUAUAGCUCUCCUGUUUGGUACAAAUCAGUCAUUGAUUGACAAUGCUGUAAUUUGCCCAUGGUGGGCUUUGGAAGUUUAAAUUCCCUAACCAGGAGUGUACUUUCCCCUCAUCAUUUCCCCUCCCCUAGCCCUGGUCCUGAUAGGUACCAGCUACACAUGGCUGAGAACAAUAACAGAGGUCAUCUAAGGCUCCCUGCACAGUGUGUUGUAGCUCAGAUGCUAGUUUUGGAGCUAGUUGCUUCAUUAAUAAUGUACUGGUGGUUUGCAGCGCCGUUAGAACUUUAGCCUGUCCUUGGUCAUGAGUGAGCUCAUUAGAGAAGUGUGGAAAAAUGAAUUGUCAGGAGGAGCGAGAGAGGGAUCAGGGGAUGGGUUGGUGGCCUUCAAGGGUAGUUGGGUCAUUGUCAGUCCAUUAAGACUACAGUGUCCCCUGGUGGUAUAAUAUGCACACUACCAGUCAAAGGUUUGGUCACACCUGCUCAUUCCAGGGUUUUUCUUUAUUUUUUACUAUUUUCUACAUUGUAGAAUAAUAGUGAAGACAUCAAAACUAUGAAAAAACACAUAUGGAAUUAUGUGGUAACCAAAAAAGUGAUAAACAAAUUCUUCAAAGUAGCCACCCUUUGCCUUGAUGACAGCUUUGCACACUCUUGGCGUUCUCUCUACCAGCUUCAUGAGGUAUGCCAAGAGUGUGCAAAGCUCCAGGGAUCCCAGAAUUCCCUCACACACAUGCAUCCAAUGAGCUGAUGGACUGACUGAUGAUUUGAUCGGUGAUUUGAUUGAUUUAUGUUCUCAUCUCAGAGAUUGUGAGAGCCAUGACGUAUGUGAUCAACCAGGGGAUGUCCAUGUACUGGGGGACAUCUCGAUGGACAGCCAUGGAGAUCAUGGUGAGUUAACCCUAUCAACUUUAACUCCUGACCCUUAACCCUUACUCAUGUACUAGGGGACGUCUAGAUGGACAGCCAUGGAGAUCAUGGUGAGUGUCAAAACAUCUCUACAACCCUCACACAACCUUCACUCAACCUGUGGAAAACUCUCAUUACAAAUCAUGCUCAUACAGCAAGUCUACAUUGAACGUUCCCAGACUUUCUGCACCUUUGUACUCAGACACUUUUUCAUGAUAUUUUAUUGUGUCUGUGAGCCCUCAAAGGAACUCAUCUAUCUAUACCAGGGGGGUCAAACAUACGGUCUACACCAGGGGGGUCAAAUAUAUGGUCUACACCAGGGGGGUCAAAUAUAUGGUCUACACCAGGGGGAGAGAGAGAGAGAGAUCAAAUACAUUGCUCCUGCAUUUUCAGCAUGUUUUUACAAAAAAUAUAGAUUUAGAGUUAGAUAAACUUGGAUUUUUUGGCAGGGACACAUACAGGAUGCUACCCUCCAUAACAUAACCUUCAUUCCAAACCAAAACUCCAAACCUACAACCUGAUUUUGGACGGAAUUACCUGGAAAGCUUUCUACUACCAAGGAUUACUAUUCUCAAGCUAUACAGCAAAUGCUCUGGCAAACAAACAGAAACCUGAAACACCAUGGAACUGAGUGAGUAAUGUUUAGUCUGAAGCUAUUUUUUACUUUCAAAAACCAAGAAGAAAAAUACAUUACAAUGAUAUAUUUUACUUUAUAAGGACUGAAUGCUAAGGCUACCAAGCUUGUUAGUACAAAGAGAUACAAUUUCAAUUAGCACUGACGUGUGAAGUGAGAGGUGUCAAAGCCCUUGAGCCCAACAAUGGCAGGAGAGUCGCACAGUCUACCCCAACCAAAUGGAGAGGCCUUAGAAGCACCCUCCCGCUGUUCAGAGGUAAUUAAAAUACAGUACCCUCUGAAUGUAAAGAAUGAUAAGACACGAAAAGAGUACAAAAUGAAACUCCUUUUGGGAAAUCAGGAGACACUUUUUGCUGACUUUUAUAAAAAUGGGAACAUAAGCAACCUUAUCUUCCACACAGACCAUCCCCUGGCAUGGCACAGUGCUAUACUAGCACACUACCCCUCUGUUAAGAGGGGGGGUGUUAGCGAUGGGUGGAAACUCAGGAGACUAGACAAUGAGGACUCUGAGUCAUCUAAUAUAAAUCUCUAUAAAUCUGGAACUGUUUUGGUACAGGGCAACACCAAACAGUUCCAGCUGGACUUUCACCUAAUCAAAUAAAUAGCUCAGCAGGAGAAGCUCUCCCUUGAGAAAGAUACCCCCACCCGAGCGGGUCAGACCAGACCUCUUCAUUAAAUAACCCCACAGAGCAACCCCAAGCGGAAAGUCAACUUCCCAGCACAGAGUACUACUCCCUCAUUGAAAUUAAGGAUACAUUCACCCAACUGGAGGUAAGGCAGGUGGAGCUGGAACAGCAGGUGAACACACUCCAGUCAGCACAGACCCAGACAACAGUCCAGCACAACAACACCCCCUUAACUAGACCUGGAGAGCUGGAGGUAGAGAGAGACAUGUCUGCACUCUGGACUGUGGUGAGACAACAUCAAUAGGAGAAAGAGCAGGAGUAGGAGAAGAACAGAGCACUGGAGGAGAGGAUCAGAGUGCUGGAGGAAAGGUGAGAAUGAUGAUGGGUGACAGAGAACAACCCAUUAGAGAGCUGGCCACCCCUGCAGAGAAUCCAGCAGAACAGCCCACCUCAGAUCCUGGCCAAAGUCUCGACACCACAGCAGAACAGUCCACCCUAGACCCUGACCAUAGCCUCGACAUCACAGCCGGACAAACAAAUGAAGAACCCCAAGCCCUGGGGAUCCCAAACCCUCUGAGCACCACCCCUGUCAGCCACCCUGAUAGCCCUCAUGACGACCCCCCCCACACCCACUGAGGACAUACACAAGCCACAGAUUAUACUCCUUAUGGACUCAAACGGGAAAUACAUACAAGAAAAUAAACUUUUUCUCAAACACACAGUGUCUAAACUCUGGUGUCCAAACACCCAGCAUGCCCUAGACCUUCUGUCUGAGGACCAACUAGGAUCACCCAGCCACAUAAUAAGACACACAGGCACAAACGACCUGAGAACACAGCAGGAAAGGGUGGCCACAGCACUCAAGGGAGUGAUAGAAAAAGCUUCUUCUACUUUCCCCAACGCACAAGUGGUUAUCUCAACCCUGCUACCACGAAAAGACUUCCACCCUGCUACCAUACAGCAGGUAAACGCAAGUAUUUCCCGUGACUGUGCAUCAAAACCAAAUGUCUACCUGGCCCACCACUUCACCCUGGACAUGAACAGCCUUUAUGACCAGGUCCACCUAUACAAGGCAGCAGUGCCCACCUUCGCCCGGACCCUAAAGGAUAUCGCCCUCAACCGCAGACCCAACACCUCACACAGGAGCAACAGAUCAACAGACACCCCGCCCAGACCAGCGAGAGACACUCUCCCAGGCCUGCGAGACACCCCCCCCCCCCCCAACCCCCACUCUUACACUAGCCGAAGCCAAUGGCAUGAAACAGAUGCUCAGCAGGCUCUGCUCACAAUUACUGGCCUGAGGCCAAACCACACGACCAACAACAUUGGACACUUUAUGGAACACAAAGCCUUCACUAUUUCAUCCUGGAAUAUCCAAGGCCUGAGGUCAUCUGCCUUUGGCCUUAAGAGCAGGAACCUGGACUUCACCAAAGAAAUCGGAAAUACAGACAUUGUCAUCCUACAAGAAACAUGGUAUAGAGGAGACGGACCCACUUGUUGCCCUCUAGGUUACAGAGAGCUGGUAGUCCCAUCCACCAAACUACCAAGUGUGAAACAGGGAAGGGACUCAGGGGGUAUGCUAAUUUGAUAUAGAGCAGACCUAACUCAUUCUAUUUAAUUAAUCAAAACAGGAACAUUUUACAUUUGGCUAGAAAUUCAAAAGGAAAUUAUCUCAACAGAGAAAAAUGUCCUCCUGUGUGCUACCUAUAUCCCCCCACUAGAAUCCCCAUACUUUAAUGAAGACAGCUUCUCCAUCCUGAAGGGGGAAAUCAAUCAUUUCCAGACCCAAGGACAUGUACUAGUCUGUGGCGACCUAAAUGCCAGAACUGGACUAGAACCUGACACCCUCAGUACACAGGGGGACAAACACCUACCUGGAGGUGACAGCAUUCCCUCCCCCAUAUACCCUUCUAGGCACAACUACGACAACAUAACCAACAAAAACGGGUCACAACUCCUGCAGCUCUGUCGCACACUGGGUAUGUACAUAGUCAAUGGUAGGCUUCGAGGGAACUCCUAUGGUAAGUACACCUAUAGCUCAUCUCUUGGCAGUAGUACUGUAGACUACUUUAUCACUGACCUCAACCCAGAGUCUCUCAGAGCGUUCACAGUCAGCCCACUGACACCCCUAUCAGACCACAACAAAAUCACAGUCUACAGUACUUGAACAGAGCAAUACUCAAUCAUGAGGCAUCAAAGCCAAAGGAACUGAAUAAUAUUAAGAAAUGCUAUAGAUGGAAGGAAAGUAGUGUCGAAACCUACCAAAAAACAAUUAAGCAACAACAAAUUCAAUAUCUUUUAGACAACUUCCUGGACAAAAUGUUCCACAGUAAUAGUGAAGGUGUAAACUUGGCAGUAGAAAACCUAAACAGUAUAUUUGACCUCAGCUUCCCUAUCAAAUCUAAAAAUCUCUAACAGAAAACCGAAGAAAGGUAACAACAGUGACAAAUGGUUUGAUGAAGAAUGCAAAAACCUAAGAAAGAAAUUGAGAAACCUAUCCAACCAAAAACAUAGAGACCCAGAAAACCUGAGCCUACGCCUUCACUAUGGUGAAUCACUAAAACAAUACAGAAAUACACUACAGAAAAAGAAGGAACAGCAUGUCAGAAAUCAGCUCAAUGUAAUUGAAGAAUCCAUAGACUCUAACCACUUCUGGGAAAAUUGGAAAAAAUGAAACAAACAACAGCACGAAGAGCUAUCUAUCCAAAAUGGAGAUGUAUGGGUAAACCACUUCUCCAAUCUUUUUGGCCAUAAAACAAAGAACAAACAGCAAAAAAUAUAUACAUGAUCAAAUGCAAAUCUUAGAAUCAACUAUUAAAGACUACCAGAACCCACUGGAUUCUCCAAUUACAUUGAAUGAACUACAGGACAAAAUACAAACCCUUCAACCCAAAAAGGCCUGUGGUGUUGAUGGUAUCCUCAAUGAAAUGAUAAAAUAUACAGACCACAAAUUCCAAUUGGCUAUACUUAAACUCUUUAACAUCAUCCUUAACUCUGGCAUCUUCCCCAAUAUUUGGAACCAAGGACUGAUCACCCCAAUCCACAAAAGUGGAGUCAAAUUUGACCCCAAUAACUACCGUGGGAUAUGCGUCAACAGCAACCUUGGGAAAAUCCUCUGCAUUAUCAUUAACAGCAGACUAGUUCAUUUCCUCAGUGAAAACAAUGUAUUGAGCAAAUGUCAAAUUGGCUUUUUACCAAAUUACCGUACGACAGACCACGUAUUCACCCUGCACACCCUAAUUGACAAACAAACAAACCAAAACAAAGGCAAAGUCUUCUCAUGCUUUGUUGAUUUCAAAAAAGCUUUUGACUCAAUUUUGCAUGAGGGUCUGCUAUACAAAUUGAUGGAAAGUGGGGUUGGGGGAAAAACAUACGACAUUAUAAAAUCCAUGUACACAAACAGCAAGUGUGCGGUUAAAAUUUGAAAAAAACUUCUUUCCACAGGGCCGUGGUGUGAGACAGGGACGUAGUUUAAGCCCAACCCUCUUCAACAUAUAUUUCAACGAAUUGGCGAGGGCACUAGAACAGUCUGCGGCACCCGGCCUCACCCUACUAGAAUCUGAAGUAAAAUGUCUACUGUUUGCUGAUGAUCUGGUGCUUCUGUCACCAACCAAGAAGGGCCUACAGCAGCACCUAAAUCUUCUGCACAAAUUCUGUCAGACCUGGGCCCUGACAGUAAUUCUCAGUAAGACAAAAAUAAUGUUGUUCCAAAAAAGGUCCAGUUGCCAGGACCACAAAUACAAAUUCCAUCUAGACACCGUUGCCCUAGAGCACACAAAGAACUAUACAUACCUCGGCCUACACAUCAGCGCCACAGAUAACUUCCACAAAGCUGUGCAUGAUCUGAGAGACAAGGCAAGAAUGGCCUUCCAUGCCAUCAAAAGGAACAUAAAAUUUGACAUACCAAUUAGGAUCUGGCUAAAACUACUUGAAUCAGUUAUAGAACCCAUUGCCCUUUAUGGUUGUGAGGUCUGGGGUCCGCUCACCAACCAAGAAUUCACAAAAUGGGACAAACACCAAAUUGAGACUCUGCAUGCAGAAUUUUGCAAAAAUAUCCUCAAUGUGCAACGAAAAACAUCAAAUAAUGCAUGUAGAGCAGAAUUAGGCCGAUACCCGCUAAUUAUCAAAAUCCAGAAAAGAGCCGUUAAAUUCUAUAACCACUUAAAAGGAAGCGAUUCCCAAACCUUCCAUAACAAAGCCAUCACCUACAAAUAGAUCAACUUGGAGAAGAGUCCCCUAAGUAAGCUAGUCCUGGGGCUCUGUUCACAAACACAAACAGACCCCACAGAGCCCCAGGACAACAACAACAACACAAUUCGACCCAACCAAAUCAUGAGAAAACAAGAAGAGAAUUACUUGACACAUUGGGAAGAAUUAACAAAAAAAACAGAGCAAACUAGAAUGCUAUUUGGCUCUAAACAGAGAGUACACAGUUGUAGAAUACCUGACCACUGUGACUGACCCAAACUUAAAGAAAGCUUUGACUAUGUAAAGACUCAGUGAGCAUAGCCUUGCUAUUGAGAAAGGCCGCCAUAGGCAGACCUGGCUCUCAAGAGAAGACAGGCUAUGUGCACACUGCCCACAAAAUGAGAUGAAAACUGAGCUGCACUUCCUAACCUCCUGCCAAAUGUAUGACCAUAUUAGAGACACAUAUUUCCCUCAGAUUACAGAGAUCCACAAAGAAUUCGAAAACAAACCCAAUUCUGAUAAACUCCCUUAUCUACUGGGUGAAAAACCACAGUGUGCCAUCACAGCAGCAAGAUUUGUGACCUGUUGCCACAAGAAAAGGGCAACAAUUGAAGAACAAACACCAUUGUAAAUACAACCCAUAUUUAUGUUUAUUUAUUUUCCCAUUUGUACUUUAACUAUUUGCACAUUGUUACAACACUGUAUAUAUAUAUAUAUACAUAAUAUGACAUUUGAAAUGUCUUUAUUCUUUUGGAAGUUCUGAGUUUAACGUUUACUGUUAAUAUUUAUUGUUUAUUUCACUUUUGUUUACUAUCUACUUCACUUACUUUGGCAAAGAUAACAUGUGUUUCCCAUGCCAAUAAAGCCCUUGAAUUGAAUUGAAUUGAGAGAGAGAGAGAGAGAGAGAGAGAGAGAGAGAGAGAGAGAGAGAGAGAGAGAGAGAGAGAGAGAGAGAGAGAGAGACCUGUUUAUGUCCUGGCUGAUUUGGAGGAGAAGGGGGAGGAUAGGGGAGGUGGUGGAUAACUACAUUUCCUGAAACCUGAUAAUGACUGAGCUAAAGCAUCCCCAGGCUUUCCUGUUCUCCUUUUCCUCUCAGUCUGUUUUAAGUGCUGUACAUGGUGCUGUGUUGAUUGUGAUUAGGGUGAAUUUGAAGAGAUCGUUUUGGAGAGUAGCAGCUCAGAUGAAGGCACUUUAAUUUAGACGCUCUCUAUAAUGCAGGGGUAUACGCAAGGUUUCCGGGGCGCAUGCCACAGCUGCCUGUAGCAGAUCAAAAUUGUUAUGUUAAUGUUUAAGAAGGCAAUAAUUUCUUUGAAAACGCACAUAUGGAAACAUAAGUGUGCGAGACAGGUGAGUCUGUGUGUGGAAUACAGACUAAACUAAAUGAGCUGCAUACAGUUUAUCAAUGUGUUUAAUCUUCUUAAGGAUUGCAUAGCAUUGUGAAUUCUGAUUAGUAUCCCUCUCCCCAUCUCUCCUCCAACUCUCUCAUUCACUACCUCUCACCUCCCUCUCCCUCUCUCUAUCACUUCCCCCUCUUUCUCCCCCCCUCUCUCUCGAUCUCUCUCCCUCCCCCUCUCUUUCUCUUCCUCUCCCUCUCUUUCUUUCUCUCUCUCUCUCUUUCUCUCUCUUUCUCUCUCUCUCUCUAUAUAUAUAUUUAUAUAGGAGGCAUACUCUGUGGCCAGACAGUUUAACCUGAUCCCUCCGGUGUGUGAGCAGGCUGAGUACCAUCUCUUCCAGAGGGAGAAGGUGGAGGUCCAGCUGCCAGAACUCUACCACAAGAUAGGCAGGUGUCAAUCAUCCAGGCUGGUCACGCCCCUUCCCUCAUCUGCUGGGGGUUCACACACACACACAACCAACCUCACAUCUGCUACGUGAUUGACGAUUAUUGUAAUAAACUGAUAUAAUAACAUCCUCCUGAGAACACUCCACUCCCCUGACAUCUGCAGGGGUUCAUACUGGGGAUUUCAUGAGCGUCUGUUUGGUGUCUGUCUGACUGACAGCGUUAGAGAUCUCACAGUUAUCUGUCACUCCCUCCCUCUCUGUUCCCACAUUCCCUCUGGUCUCCAUGGUGACAGGUGUUGGGGCGAUGACGUGGUCUCCGCUGGCCUGUGGCAUCAUCACGGGGAAGUACCAGAACGGCAUCCCAGAAACCUCCAGGGCAUCCAUGAAGGUAAACCCUGUAUCCACUCAACAAGCUCUCUCAGUCUCUAGCACUGGGAUUGAACAAGCGAGCCUAGGAGCCAGAGCCUGCAGCUUGCGCCCAUCCGUCAUCCCCGUCCACAACGCCUUAGCAAACCGCAAGCCUACUUGAUGGUAAUAGCGCUCAACAUUGCCCCUAGUGGCCGUUUUAUAAAGUAAUCUCCCGAUGUCCUGGGUACCUGGACAGAAGUCGAAUUUUGCCUUGGAUCUUGAGUGACCUGGCUGAUCCAGUGCCAUCCACUGAUCCGUCUGCUGGGACUGGAUAGGGGAAUUCAAUAUGGUGGAAAUCUUCCUCUCCAUUCCUCUUCUCAUCUCCCUCUCUCCUCUCUCACUUUUUACUUCCCCUCUCUUUCUCUCCCUCCCUCAUUCUCUCUCCCUAUCCUCUCUUUCCCUCUCUCUCUCUCUCCCUCCCUCUCUCUGCAGUCGUAUCAGUGGUUAAAGGAGAAGAUCGUGAGUGAGGACGGGAGGAAACAGCAGGCUAAGCUGAAGGAGCUGGGACACAUCGCUGAGAAACUGGGCUGUACUCUCCCUCAGCUGGCCGUGGGUGAGAGAGGAGCAUGGGCACACACACACACACACACACACACACACACACACACACACACACACACACACACACACACACACGCAACUUUGUUUCAGUACUUAAGUAUUAAUGAUGGUAUGAGCACCAACAAGUGGAUGUCAGCAGUACAUUCAAAUUCUAUGAGGAAUGCCAUUAUUGUCACACUAGAUUAAACAACCCAUAACUGUCCCCCGCUCUCUCCUUUCCAUACUCUUUCCUUCUCUCCUUCCCUAGCCUGGUGUUUGAGGAACGAGGGGGUGAGCUCAGUCCUCCUGGGAUCCUCCAGUCCAGAUCAGCUAACAGAGAACCUGGGUGCCAUACAGGUAAUCACAGGAGGUUGAUGGCACCUUCAUUGGGGAGGACGGGCUCAUGGUAAUGAUUGGAGCGGAAUCAGUGGAAUGGUAUCAAACACAGGGUUUCCAUGGUUUCCAGGUGUUUGAUGCCAUUCCAUUUACUCCGUUCCGGCCAUUAUUAUGAGCCGUCCUCCCCUCAGCAGCCUCCACUGGUAAACAUACAAACACACACACACACACACACACACACACACACACACACACACACACACACACACACACACACACACAAAUAAACAUUUUUGGGGAGUAAAAAUGUAUUCCCAUUCAAAAUCCUAUUUUCCCUAACCCCUAAUCCUAACCCAAACCUUAACCUAACUUUAAAGCUGACCCUAACCUUUAAUCUAACCUUAACCUUAACCCUAACCUUAAAGGGAAACUUCACCGAUAGACACUUUUUGUGGUGUUUUUCCAUAAUAAGUGACGAAAGGGUGUUUCAGACAUAAUUAUGCACUAUAGCUGUCUUUUUUUUAUUUUCACACCGGGAGAGUUCAACCAAUGACGUCAUUGGUUGAUUGAGCCUGUUGUCUAAUCUAAAAAUGAAUGGGGUCAUGUUUUGUUGCAAUUAUUGUGGCCUUUGCGUUUCGUUGAUUGCACGAUCAUACGAUCACGCGAGUUGAUAUGGUUGUCCUUGUUCAAUAGAGCCAUUGGACUAGUCUCAACUAUGUUUCUGUCUGCCACGACAUUGCCGGAUAUCUAGGUUGACUCAUUUUCCCUGGCUUUGUAAAGACUACAGCCUGAUGGGAGCCCUUACUUCCUUGUUCCCACCCUCGAAGGCAGGCUUUCCAAAACAGGGGGCGGUACUAGUUUACAGGUUCACAGGAGCUAUGUUACCAUGCACUGUCUAUCUAGACUGCUAAACAAUUAGCUACAAUGGCUGCUUCUGAUGAUUCCUCUGUCCAAGAAGAUGACAAAACAUAUUUUGAUGUUCUUUUAGAUAGGAACAUACAGCCCUAUUUAUUUAUGCCAGAAUACACUGAAAAGUCGUUGAGACGGCGAGAAAAAGGAUUGUGAGACCAGCGAGCAGCUGCAGCAGCCUAGACCAGCUGUACCAGCAGUCAGGACGGUAAAUGACAAAUGAGUAAGUUGUUUUUCUGUGAGCAUAUUAGGCAUUCUGUAUUAUACAACAACAUCAGUCUAACUGAAUAUGGAUGUUGUGUUGGUUGAAUGUUCCAGGCAGGUUCCAGAAGGUUCUUCAGCUGGUGAACCUAUUCUUGUGUUGGGUAAUGGCAGCUGGUUUAGCAGGCUUUGGCGCUGUGGUGAUGUUGGCAGGGAUGUUGGGUUUGGGGGGCUGUGACUCUGACUCAUAGUAGACAACCGUCUGGUCCUUUCUGCACUCCUCAGCCAGGUGGACAAGCCUCUCGUACACUUUCUUCACCACCAACUGCUUCGACCUCUUGCAGAAUAUUUGUUUUUACUGCAAGUCUCCCUGGAAAGACAUGAAGACUGAUCAUGAGGAUGUGUAACCAUACAAUAAACCAUGGUCAUCUGUAAACACAAGGGUACAGUAGACUGGUAUGUGUCAAUGAUGGGGCAUUGAGAUGGGCUGUUAGCAAAGAUGUGAAAAGUUUGAGGGGGGCUUGACUUGUAGACAGUCUAGUCGUGUAUUGUUGUGUAUGAGCACCUACAGUUGUGCUAUUGAGUAGACGAGCACUGCCAGCAAUAGAGUGAAUAGGCUAGAAGAAUAUACGGGGGCGGUAAAGCCCCUCUCCCCCAUGCCAAAUAACUGACUGCAAGGGUGUGAAAAGUUUGAGGAGCACUUGUCUUGUAGACAGUUUAGGGUAUUGGGGAUUUGUCUUGUAGACAGUUUAGGGUAUUGGGGAUUUGUCUUGUAGACAGUUUAGGGUAUUGGGGAUUUGUCUUGUAGACAGUUUAGGGUAUUGGGGAUUUGUCUUGUAGACAGUUUACAAGACAAAUCCCCAAUACACUAGACAGUUCAGGGUAUUGGGGAUUUGUCUUGUAGACAGUUCAGGGUAUUGGGGAUUUGUCUUGUAGACAGUUUAGGGUAUUGGGGAUUUGUCUUGUAGACAGUUCAGGGUAUUGGGGAUUUGUCUUGUAGACAGUUUAGGGUAUUGGGGAUUUGUCUUGUAGACAGUUUAGGGUAUUGGGGAUUUGUCUUGUAGACAGUUCAGGGUAUUGGGGAUUUGUCUUGUAGACAGUUUAGGGUAUUGGGGAUUUGUCUUGUAGACAGUUUAGGGUAUUGGGGAUUUGUCUUGUAGACAGUUUAGGGUAUUGGGGAUUUGUCUUGUAGACAGUUUAGGGUAUUGGGGAUUUGUCUUGUAGACAGUUUAGGGUAUUGGGGAUUUGUCUUGUAGACAGUUUAGGGUAUUGGGGAUUUGUCUUGUAGACCGUUUAGUGUAUUCGUGAUUUUGUUUUCUCAAGAGGGUAGUGUGCUUUCAUAAAUACCUUUGGCUGUCCUGGCUUGUUUCAAAGUCAGAUGCUGUUGUGCUGAGCUUCUACAGGCUGAACGCUUUCAUCCAAUGGGUCUACAGGCUCUGUACUACUACCCCCCCCCCCCCCCUUGAUGUUGAUGCCUCCGCCGAUGUUGAUGGAUCGGACUCUAAAUAGAACACAAUCACGUUAGCCUCUGCAGUAGUUAGUUAGCUAGCUAGCUAGCUAAUGGUUAGCUAACAAAACGAAGCUAACGUUAGCUUCCAAAGUUACAAAUCAUACCGCCAGUUAGCAGCUGCCUAAUUACAUUGAUAUGCUUUGGAAUGUCUAGCCAGCGUAUUAUGAAAGCUAGCUAGCUAGCUUUUGGUUUAGAUAAACAAAUGUAGUUUGCUAGCAAACUAGCUAGUUAGCUAGGUAAUGUUAGCUACGUUACCUCAGCUUGACUUAUUUUCUGCUGCGCUGAUGUUGGCUGAUCGGAUAGCUCCCUCUUUGAAGUGAAGGGGAAAAUCGAUAGAAUAUCAUCACUUUUCAACGUUCGAGGACAUGGCAACCCCAUCAGUUGAGACUUCAGUUCCGUUUCCAAAUCCUCUGGCUGAAAGUGCUGGCUACAGACAUUUUUAUAUUUCUCACACCUCCACGGAGCGGUCCUCCACGUCCUGAAAUCACUAUGAAUUCUGGAUAUUGUGGUUUGCUUAGAAUCAGGCAAUGUAGCUGGCCGUUUCAACCGGUGAGAUGCAUAAACGCUCCUAUAUGCAUUUUUAUGACACAUAUGAUAUGUUAAUAACAUAUUAAUGGAUAAAUAUAGUGAAAUCGAGCAGUGGUGAAAUUUCCCUUUAACGCCAAACCCUUAACCUAAUCCUUAAAGGUGCAAUAUGCAGGAAUCGCUCUGCCAUUUCCUGGUUGCUAAAAUUCUAAUAGUUCGCCUAAUUUCAGUUUAUGUGACAAAACAAGCACUCAGAGUGUAGAGAAUCAUUGUACCAUCUAAACAGCUGUGAAAUAUAUUUUCAAUAACCAAAAAUAUUGUAUUUUCAGCUGUUUGAAGCUGGUGUACAAAACCGAAAGUAAAAGAGGCAAAAACGGGAAGCACAGAAAUAUCUUACAGAGAACAGAUCGGUCCGCCCAAAAAGUUACAUAUUGUAGCUUUAAGCCUAAAAUAGCAUUUUAACAAAUUCAGGACAUGAAAAAAGUCCUGACUUUUCAAAAAAGUUGUUGUUUUCCUACAUUGUCAGGACAUUCUGGUAACUUGUCAGGACAUUAUUGUUCUGAUAAUGUUGGAAAAUAUGAACACGCACACGCACACACAUACACUCAAACACAUUCUGCUAUUUUCCACAGUUCCUUCCAAAAAUGACGUCUCAUGUGGUGUCGGACAUUGAUCACAUACUGGGGAACAAGCCACACAGUAAGAAGGAGUACCGUUCCUAGACACCCAGAAGGAAGCAGAACCACUACUGUACAACCACUGUGGAUCCAGUUCCACCAACCUCCUGGGCUCAGCCUCCAUGGGGUUCGGCUCAGUCUAAUCCAGCCCAGUUCAGCCCUGCUCAGCUCAGCCCAAGCCUUCUUAGCCCAGUGUAACCAAGCUUAGUUCAGUCUAACCCAGCUCACCCUCUGCCUAGACCAGAUCCAGCUCAGCUUACUCUUAUCAGUACAUUCUCUGACUCCUGAGUUUAUUAACCAUGUAGAUGCAUGCUUCCCCUCUUUGGUGUGCCUGGACUUUCUCUUCAAAAGCACAUGAUACAAAACAACACAGAAGGGGGUUAAUACUUAUAAUGUACCGUAAGCUUCUUCUACAAUGCAUUUUGAAAAACAAACUCCUCUCUCCAGCCAGUCUACUGUAUUUGACCCCUGUUUGACCUUGCAAAGCAGAGCACCCUGGGACAUUGAGUUUCAGUGACAGGGGUUUGUUCUGUCUGUGAGGGGAAGAAUGUGCAUGUUGUCGCCCCCCUCUGGUCGUAUGAGGAACUGCUAUGGAAUAUCUUCAAUAGAUUCUCAGCGAGAGAGAUAUGGAAAAUCUCAAUUGUAUUUCCUUGGGAGAAUCUCAAUUGCACACU